CCCAUUAGUUCCUUAAAAAUCGUUUCAAACGAAGAACUCUCUAGAAACACUAGAAAGGAAUAUAUAAACCCUUUCACUUCACACACUCUCUCUCUCAACUUUCGAAAAUCAAUCUCCGAUUAGUUAAAUUAAAUCUGUCUAAGGCGAUUUCAGUUUUUUCUUAAAGAAAUGGAUGAUGAUUUUGAUAUCCCAGCAGCUGAAGAUUUCCAAGAUGAUUUUCCUGAUGAAAAUCCAUCUCUGAAAGUAGGCGAAGAAAAAGAAAUUGGAAAUCAAGGGUUGAAGAAAAAGCUGAUUAAAGAAGGUCAAGGUUGGGAUACUCCUGACAAUGGUGAUGAAGUUGAAGUUCAUUAUACUGGGACUUUAUUGAAUGGAACUCAAUUUGAUUCGAGUCGUGAUCGAGGAACACCGUUCAAGUUCAAGCUUGGGCAAGGCCAAGUUAUCAAGGGAUGGGAUCUUGGUAUCAAGACAAUGAAGAAGGGAGAGAAUGCAAUUUUCACCAUCCCAGCUGAGCUAGCAUAUGGUGAAGCUGGUUCUCCUCCAACAAUUCCUCCUAGUGCAACCCUUCAGUUCGACGUGGAGCUACUCUCCUGGUCUAGUGUGAAGGACAUUUGCAAAGAUGGAGGCAUUGUCAAGAAGGUUCUAACUGAAGGGGAGAAAUGGGAAAAUCCCAAAGAUCUGGAUGAAGUUCUUGUCAAUUAUGAGGCUCGACUUGAGGACGGGAGUGUGGUUUCCCAAUCUGAAGGAGUUGAAUUUGUUGUCAGAGAUGGGUAUUUCUGUCCUGCUUUGGAGAAGGCUGUCAGAACAAUGAAAAAGAAGGAGAAGGUUCUCUUGACAGUGAAGCCCCAAUAUGGAUUUGGAGAGAAAGGUAGGUCAGCCUCUGGUCAGGAGGCAGCUGUUCCACCAAAUGCGACUCUUCUCAUUUCUCUAGAGUUGCUCUCCUGGAAGAUCGUGACAGAAGUAACUCCUGACAAGAAAGUCAUAAAGAAGAUUCUUAAAGAAGGAGAGGGAUAUGAGAAACCUAAUGAUGGAACUGUUGCUAAAGUGAAGUUAAUCGGGAAGCUUCAAGAUGGAACGAUAUUUUUGAAAACGGGCCAUGAUGCGGAAGAGCCAUUUGAGUUCAAGACAGAUAACGAUGAAGUCAUCGAAGGACUUGAUAGAGCUGUAAUGACUAUGAAAAAGGGUGAGGUUGCACUUGUGACUAUUGAACCUGAAUAUGCUUUUGGCUCUUCAGAGUCUCAGCAAGAGCUCGCUGUUGUUCCUCCUGGCUCAACUGUCUAUUAUGAAGUUGAGCUUGUAUCUUUCGUUAAGGACAAGGAAUCGUGGGACAUGGACAAUGCUGAGAAGAUUGUGGCCGCUGGCAGAAAGAAGGAAGAAGGUAAUGCACUGUUCAAGGCUGGUAAAUACGCAAGAGCCUCUAAGAGAUACGAGAAGGCUGCAAAAUUCAUCGAGUACGAUUCUCCUUUCAGUGAGGAGGAGAAAAGGGAGGUUAAGACUCUUAAGGUCAGUUGCAACCUUAACAAUGCAGCCUGCAAGCUGAAACUUAAAAGCUACAAGGAGGCAGAGAAGCUGUGCACAAAGGUGCUGGAGAUUGAAAGUCGGAAUGUGAAGGCACUUUACAGACGGGCCCAAGCUUAUAUCAACCUGGUUGAUUUUGAUCUAGCUGAGCUUGACAUUAAGAAGGCUCUUGAGAUCGACCCUAAUAACAGGGAUGUGAAGAUGGAAUACAAAGUACUGAAAGAGAAGGUCAAGGAGUACAACAAGAAGGAUGCUAAGUUUUUUGGAAACAUUUUUGCUAAAAUGAGCAAGUUAGAUCCUCUUGACACAAGCAAAGCCAAGCAGGAAGCCGAACAACCUAUGAAUGUUGACAGCACAGCUUGAUGGGAUUGGAAAGGGUUUAUGUUAAGAGUAGGAGAGAGUUACUACAAACUUGUAUCUCGUAUACCUUCUAAAUUGUUCGGAGUGUUCUAUUUUAAUGUUCUUAACUGGUGUUCUACUGUGUUCUCUUUCUUUAGUAUCUUCUUCUGUAGAACUGAGGCUAAAUAUUAGAAAUUUUACUUGUUUACUGUCUACAA